AUGGCAGCGUCUACUCAUCUCGCGAGGGUCGUCGCUACGGACAUCAGAACGAGGUUAAAACCAGCUAUUAUACCAUGGUUGGGCUCUCUGGCUGCAAGGAAUCAGCUUCAUCACACUCACAGCACCAUCAACCAACAUCCAAGCAUAAUACUACCAUCACCGCUGUCAUCAUCACGUAUAUAUCCAUGCAUGCCUUCUCUAAUUAUAUCCACUCCCUCCAUACGCCAUAAAACAUAUAGAAAGAAACAAUCCAAACCAAUGCAAAAGGUGCUGAAAAAGAUGGCUGCCGACCCAGUCUUUGCUGCCGCAAAGAAACGCAAAGGUCCAUAUCAACCUGUAAUGGAAAACAAAUUCUGGAAGGUCGUGGGCGACAUGAAGGUAUACAAGGAUGUCACCCCUGGUACUAGAAACAGACGCCAUCCAGUCCGCUUCCAUCUGCAUCGAGGUAGUGCCAUCAAACGUCUCUCUUUUGGUAAAAGGUCUACUGGUGGUAGAAACAAUCAUGGACGUGUCACCAUCAGGCAUCGUGGUGGCGGCCAUAAACGACGUGUCAGAAUAGUAGACUUUGUACGUAACGUCCCUGGGCCACACGAAGUAGUCAGGCUCGAAUACGAUCCAAACAGAUCCGCAGAUCUAGCUCUACUACGGUGUCUAUCUACAAACGAAUUCUCGUAUAUAAUUAGACCUGAUGGCUUGCAACCUGGUGCAAUGGUAGAAUCAUGGCGUGGUGGCAUCCCUGAAACUCCAGCGGGCCAGGAACCUAUAUCAAAGGCACGCAUGAUACGGGACGGUAACUGUCUACUACUCAAGGAUAUUCCUGCAGGUACAAUAGUGCAUUGCAUAUCUCUUACCACUAUUGGGCCAGCAAAAAUGUGUAGAUCAGCAGGAACGUCUGGCCAGUUACUGCAAGUCACUGACGAAGGAAUGGCUCAUGUACGUGUGUCUUCGAAGGAAGUACGCAUGGUACCAGCUACUGCUGUCGCUACAAUCGGUGUAGUGUGUAAUGCCAAUCAUAAUCAAAGAAUAUGGGGUAAAGCUGGUAGCAGAAGGCAUCGCGGUUGGAGGCCUUCAGUGAGAUUAAAGGCUAUGAGUCCCUACGAUGGUAUGGGAAGUGGUGCGGGACGCGGAAGUCCUUGGGGCAAGAUGAAGCGUGGUUGGAAGACAGUAAGAAAACCAAACUCAAUGGUUAUCACUCCUAGAUGGAAGGCCAAGCUCCGCUCAACAUAA